UUCGUAUAUUUUGUGGAUUCAUCCACUCAUUCAUUCAUUUUCUCUUUUGUGUUCCAGUGUAUUUCAGUACUUGACAUUAAGUAUUAUAAGUUUUGUGCUGUUUAUUUUCAGUUCUUGUGUUUAUAAAAUUCUCUUUAUAUGAUGAUGAUGAUGAUGAUGAUGAUGAUGAUGAUGAUGUAGAGAUGUUCACCGGGCUUUGCAGGGGAGAGUCUGAACUGGGAUCUUCAUACAAACAAAGGAACAUGUUUGGCACUAUGAAUCUCUUGUUCUUUCUUUCUUUCAUUUUAGCUUUACUUUCUGUUUUUCUAAAGAGAUUUUAUGUUCAUCAUAGGAGGAGUAGACGAUGCAUUUAUGUCUUUGGUUCAAUCCUUUGUACCGUUGUUAGUAUCAUCUACUUUAUUUCUUGUUUAUGGGUGAAAUUCAAAGGGAAGAACAAGUUUCUUCAUCAAAACUGGGUGAACUUUAUGAUUAGAAGCCUUGUUUGUAUUGGUUUAGCAGCAUCUCUGCAGUUACUGAUGAAUAAGUUCAUCAGACUAUUGGUUUUAGCUUGGUGUGUUUGUUUUUCUGUAUUCGAAUCAGUUACUGUUGCAGAAAUGUUGUUUGGAGGACAAAGCAUACAGAUAAUUGACAUUUCAUCUUGGCCAAUCUGUCUGUUGCUCUUGUAUUGUGCUUUCGAUCUUGCUCGAGGAGAAAAUCAUCAGAACUCUUCUGGUGCUGAUUUAGUUCAGCAUCUAUUGUUUGAAGAAGCUAAGGGGAAAACAGAGCUUGAAAAAGCUGGUUUUCUUAGCAUGAUGACCUUUUCUUGGAUAAAUCCUUUACUGAAUUUAGGCUAUCUGAAGCCGUUAGUUCUUGAGGACAUUCCCUCUUUGAGUUCAGAUGAUAUUGCUUCUGUAGCUGCUGAUGUUUUUCUUCAUAAGUGGAGUGAUAUCAGUGAAGAGAAAAGGCCAUUUACUAGCAAUUUAGUUAUCCAAGCAUUACUGAGAUGUUAUACGAAAGAGAUGAUACUAGUUGGAGUGUGUGCUUUACUUCGAACAAUAGCUGUUGUGAGCUUACCUUUGCUAGUACGCGCAUUUGUUUGCUUGUCAAGCAGUGAAGGAAAAGAUACGUAUCAAUGUGUCUUACUUGUGGUUUGCUUAAUCUUCAUAAAGCUAGUGGAAUCUUUUUCCCAAAGGCAUUGGUUUUUCAAUUCAAGGAGAUAUGGAAUGAGAAUGCGAUCGGCUCUAAUGGCGGCUGUGUUUGAGAAACAGUUCAAGCUUUCUAGCACUGCAAGGAGAAGGCAUUCAAUGGGGCAGAUAGUGAAUUACAUUGCGGUUGAUGCUUAUCGUCUCGGUGAGCUUCUGUGGUGGUUUAACAUGGCAUGGAGUUUACCACUCCAACUUCUAUUAGGCAUUGCUGUGCUUUUUAGUUCAGUUGGCAUUGGUCUCCUACCUGGUCUUGUCCCUCUUGUUCUUUUCGGUCUUGCUAAUAUUCCAUUUGCAAAGAGGUUGCAAAUCUGCCAGUCCUGCGUUGUUAAUGCACAAGAUGAACGGAUACGAGCGACGACAGAAAUCCUGAACAACAUGAAGAUCAUCAAGUUGCAGUCUUGGGAAGACAAGUUCAAGAAUGUGAUUGACUCUAUCAGAGAGGUGGAAUUCAAAUGGAUGAAAGAAUCACAUAUCAAGAAAGCUUAUGGAAGUGCAUUUUAUUGGAUGUCUCCAACUUUUAUAUCUUCAUUGGUGUUUGUUGGAUGUUCUCUAAUGAAAAGUGCUCCUCUGGAAGCAAGCACAAUUUUCACUGUUUUAUCAACACUAAGAGUUAUGGCAGAGCCGACAAAGAUGUUUGCUGAGGUAAUCUCCAUGAUAAUACAGGCAAAGAUAUCAAUGGACCGCCUUAAUGCAUUUCUGCAAGAAGAUGAGUGCAAACAGGGUGAUGUAAUCAGGAUUCCUGCAGCAAAAUCAGAUACAAGCAUUAGAAUCCAUGGAGAUUUUAGCUGGGAAGCAAAUGCAACUGCUUUGACACUUGAAAAGAUAAAUUUGUUCGUAAAUAGAGGUGAGAAGGUAGCUGUAUGUGGUCCUGUAGGCUGUGGAAAAUCAUCACUUCUUCUUGCCAUUAUCGGCGAAAUACCAAAGACAUCUGGAUUAGUCGAAAUCUGUGGUUCCAUUGCCUAUGUUUCUCAAACAUCAUGGAUCCAGAGCGGGUCAAUUCGUGAUAACAUACUUUUCGGAAAGGCAAUGGACAACAACAAAUAUCAAAUGACCAUCAAAGCCUGUGCACUGGACAAGGAUAUCGGUGAUUUCGAGUAUGGAGACCUGACUGAGAUUGGCCAGAGAGGAUUGAACUUGAGUGGAGGCCAGAAGCAAAGGGUUCAGCUUGCUAGAGCAGUCUAUAGUGAUGCAGACAUAUAUCUCCUUGAUGAUCCAUUCAGUGCUGUUGAUUCGCAUACAGCUUCCUAUCUCUUUGAAAAAUGCAUAAAUGGAACUCUGGAGAAGAAGACUGUAAUUUUAGUGACACAUCAGAUUGAUUUUCUGACAGAAACUAAUAAAAUUAUGGUUAUGAAAGAUGGUAAAAUUACUCAGUCAGGUCGUUAUGAAGAACUACUGAAAUCAGGGACAGUGUUUGAACAACUAGUGAAUGCUCAUCAAUCUGCUAUGGAGGAGUUGAACUCCGGAAAUAAUGUACAAAGGGAAAAACCGAAAGAAACUCAUUCCGAUCUUUCAAAUGAGAAAAUUCAUAGUAUGUCAAAGAAAGCCUUGCCGAAGGUCCAGCUGACCGAAAAAGAGCAAAUCGAAACCGGGAAUUCGAGAUGGAAACCAUAUCUUGACUAUGUUCUUUUUCCAAAAGGCUCACUUCUUCUUGGAAUGGUUGUGAUUUGCCAGUCAUCGUUCAUUGUACUACAGGCAAUAUCUACAUUUUGGCUUGCAUUUGCAACUCGACUACCUAAAAUAAGUGAUAGCAUGUUGAUUGGAAUUUACAGUGUCUUUUCAAUCCUUAGUGCCUUUUCAGCAUUUAUGAGGAGUUUAUUAGGUGCGCAUCUAGGACUGAAAGCUUCAAAGGCAUUCUUUUCCGGUUUGCUCGAGUCAAUCUUCAAAGCUCCAAUGCAAUUCUUCGACUCUACUCCUAUGGGAAGGAUCUUAACCAGGGCAUCUUCAGAUAUGAGUGUUAUCGAUUUCCAAGUGCCGUAUUCGCUUGUUUUCACGCUUGUGUCAGUAAUUGAGGUCAUAGGAACAGUAUCAGUGAUGGCAACAGUAACAUGGCAGGUCCUUAUUAUCGCAAUUCCUAUUAGCUUUGUUGCAAGACAUGUCCAGGCACAUUAUCUUGCAUCUGCAAGAAAGCUUGUAAGAAUCAAUGGCACAACAAAAGCACCUAUUACAAACUAUGCUGCUGAAACAUCAAAUGGGGUCAUCACCAUCAAAGCCUUUUCAAUGAAGGAAUGGUUUAUCGAGAACAAUCUAAAGCUUAUUGACACAGAUGCAACCAUGUUCUUUCACACAAUUGCUGCCAUGGAGUGGGUCCUUUUGCGGGUGGAAGCACUUCAAAACUUGACCAUAUUCACCUCCGCUAUUUUGCUAGUAUUGCUUCCACAGGGAACCAUAACUCCAGGGCUUGUUGGUCUAGCUCUUUCUUAUGCUCUAACACUGACCACUUCUCAAGUGCACUUAACAAGAUGGUACUGUAACUUGGACAACCAUAUCAUCUCUGUUGAGAGGAUAAUUCAGUAUAUGCGUAUUCCAUCAGAACCUCCAGCAAUUAUAGAAAGCAAUAGGCCACCAUUUUCAUGGCCCUCAAAGGGAAGGAUAGAUUUGCAAGAUCUUCAGAUAAAAUAUCGCCCAAAUGCACCACUAGUUUUGAAGGGAAUCACUUGUACUUUUCAAGCAGGGCAUAAGAUUGGUGUCGUCGGAAGGACUGGAAGUGGAAAAACAACUCUGAUUAAUGCACUGUUUCGAUUAGUACACCCAGCAGAAGGGAGAAUUCUUAUAGAUGGUCUUGACAUUUGUACCAUUGGCCUAAAAGAUCUCAGGAUGAAGCUCAGCAUAAUUCCUCAAGAGCCAACUCUCUUCAAAGGUAGUAUUCGAAAUAACUUGGAUCCUCUUGGACAGUAUGAUGAUCAAAAACUAUGGGAGGCAAUACGAAAAUGCCAAUUGGAACCAGUGAUUAGAAGCCUUCCUGACCUUCUUGAUUCAUCUAUAUGCGAUGAUGGAGAAAAUUGGAGCGUUGGGCAGCGUCAAUUGUUCUGCCUCGGUCGUGUGCUUCUCCGAAGAAACAAAAUUUUAGUACUUGAUGAAGCAACUGCAUCAAUUGAUUCUGCAACUGAUAACAUAAUUCAACAAAUAAUAAAGCAGGAAUUCUCAAGUUGCACAGUGAUAACCAUAGCUCACAGAGUUCCAACAGUUAUAGACAGUCAAAUGGUCAUGCUUCUUUCAUAUGGAGAAGUGGUGGAAUAUGACAAGCCUUCAAAUUUGAUGCAAUACAACUCCUAUUUUUCCAAACUUGUUGCAGAAUAUUGGUCCAAUCACAAAAGGAAGUUUUCAUAGGAUUUGUUUUUCCCAAUUUUUUUUUAUUGUAUAAUAUUCUUACAUUUCCAUAUGAAAUAGAUGAAAGAAUGUGUGUUGAAAAUUUUCAUGUGUAGCUGGAGUUUUUAAUGUAAAUGACAAUAUAAUUUGCUAAAGAUGAGAAGCAGAUGAUGAUAAUUAUUAAUCAUCAUUGUUAUCAUCAGCCUUGUUAGUAUGACAGAGCAUCUAGUUGGAUCUAAAAGAGUACCCCACACGAGGGUUUAUCUUAAAUUUUAAGUAGUUCUUACUCAAGGUGCA